UAUUUUGUAUUUAUUGAACUUCAGAUGUUUGAGGAAUAUGUCACUUUAUUACAUGUAUAAGGAAAAAGUUUGCUACAUUUUUAACUUCUAUAUAAUUGCUAUGUAUAAAUAAAUUAUAAUUGAUAAAUUCGUAAUAAUAAAUCUCAGAAGACGUAAAAACGUUGAAUUUUUUAAGGUAGGUAAUUUGUUCGCUGACGAGUUUUCUAUCAAAGGUAACCGCGAUUUUUUUCAAAUCUUACUCAAAGCAGAUGGCGCUAAAUUUCCAAUCCAGAAAAAGCUCUGUGGAUAAUAGUAGAUAAGAAUCAUUCAAGAGCGCCAAUGUGAAAUACUGAAAUAAAAUGACGCCUUCAAUCUUAUCAACGCACGUGCAGAAUAAUGUUGUGUGCGAGAAAUUGGACUUGUAAUUUUCUUUGAUCAAUAAAUAGUUCGAAUUAUUAAAAUUGUUCAAUGAUGAAUUAGUGGAAAUAUUACUAACAAUGCUCAUCAGUAUUUGGAAAUGAAUGUUCCGCGAUAAAAACUUUAGUUUAGCUGUGAAUGAAGUUAAUGCUUAUUGUGUAUACGGUAGUAAAUAGAUUUGUGAUUGUGAUUGUUGAUAGAUUUUAAACAAUAAUGGAGUGUCUAGUGGCGAAUGUGGAUAAUAUGCGAUUUGAUAUUGAAAUUGCUCUUGACGAACAGUAUGGAGCACUUCCUUUACCUUUUACUGGAAUGGACAAAUCUACUGCUGCAGUAUGUCAAUUUUAUCCAAGAGGUACAUGUGUUAAAGGAGCCUCUUGUCCAUUUAGGCACGUACGUGGAGAUCGUACAAUAGUAUGUAAACAUUGGUUAAGAGGUCUUUGUAAAAAGGGUGAUCAGUGUGAAUUUUUACAUGAGUAUGAUAUGACAAAAAUGCCAGAAUGUUAUUUCUAUUCCAGAUUUAAUGCUUGUCACAAUAAAGAAUGUCCAUUCCUACAUAUUGACCCAGAAACUAAAGUCAGAGAUUGUCCUUGGUAUGAUCGUGGAUUCUGCAGACAUGGACCUUUAUGCAGACAUCGACAUGUUCGUCGUGUUUUAUGCAUGGCAUAUUUAGCUGGAUUUUGUCCUGAAGGUCCAAACUGUAAAUUUAUGCAUCCAAGAUUUGAAUUACCAGCAGUGCAAGAUAUGCAACCUAAAGAAGGAAAGAAGGUAAUGAUCACCUGUCAUUUUUGUGGGGAAGGUGGUCAUAAAGCAAUUUAUUGUAAUAAAAUGCCACCUGACGUACGUGAAGCUCAAGUUAGACAAGAAAUAGAAGGUAAUUCUCAUGCUACGCAUCACAUGAAUAUGCAUAAUGGGCCCCCACCAAGAGGGCCUCAAAAGCCACUAGAAGAAGUCACUUGUUACAAAUGUGGAACUAAAGGUCAUUAUGCCAAUAAAUGUCCAAAAGGACAUUUAGCAUUUUUAAGCCAUGCCGGGGGUAGUGGAAGUGCUACUCAGAAUCAAAAUUACCGUAGAUGAUUUCACCUAUUUUAUUUGUGUAAGAUUAAUAUUAUGAUUAUGUUUCAUUAUUAGUAAAAUCACUUGUCUGUAAAAAUUUCUAUAUAUCAUAUAGUAAAAUAGGUUUAAUACAAUUAAUUUCAUAUUGACUCGUAAUAAAAGAUUCCAACA